UUACUCCAAUCCCUCCAAUCCUCUGAUCUGAUAUAUCCCCAGCAGAGCAAGUUAAGUAUCUUAUUCACUUGCUCUUUUUCAUUUCAAUCAUAUAAGUAUUUAAUUUCACAAGUUCUGGAAUAACUAAAGUUCUCAACACACUUCAUACAUUACUGUUUCUAGUACAAAACAAGAAAGAAAUUUUCAAAAAAAAAUAAACAACUUCAAGUCGGCCAGUCGUUAUGGCCAACUUCAUUUAAUCGCAGUUUUUUUUGUGUCUCUGUAGCAUCUCUUGGGCAAAAGCUCUCCCCACAGCCGCAAUGGUGGAUGAGUGAACAGUGUGUGUUGUAUUGCUACUUUACUAAGUAAAUCCGUAACAUCAUGUGAAUCAUUACUGUCUCUUUGUGUAUGAGCAUGUUGUAAAUAGAAAGCCAAGUACAGAUUGACUAUCGUGAGUGUAUAUCACGCGUGUGAAUCCGCGGAUGCCUCGCCCGAAGGAUAAUCUAACUUGAAAUGAAAAAGUCACGUUGAAAAAUUUAAACAAUUGGCCAAGUUGCCGAUAGUCAAAGAGGACAAUACAAGAGAUCAACAUGAUGCAGGAUCACGGUCAUCAGUCAAGCCGAAAGGCACUGGUAGCCUCGCCAGAAGUAGCGAUGGCGAGUGAGGUCUUUGAUCUCUUCUGCAAUGCCGCAACAUUAAAAUCCAUUCUUGGACACUUUCGGCAUCUUUGCGAUCUUCUUAAUAUGCGGCCUAAUGCUUUUCCACAAUUUUAUCCCAAGUUCAAGUCGAAAUUGAGGUCAUGGAAGGCUCAAGCGCUCUGGAAAAAAUUCGAUCAACGAGCAAAUCACAAGUGCUAUAAUAGAGGCAAAGCUUGUCCUAAUUCUAGAGUACUGAUAAUCGGUGGUGGUCCGUGUGGUCUAAGAGCAGCAAUAGAAGCUCAAUUAUUGGGAGCUAAAGUUGUAGUGGUAGAAAAAAGAGAUCGCAUGUCUCGAAAUAAUGUUCUUCAUCUUUGGCCAUUUGUAAUUCAAGAUUUACGGGCUUUAGGAGCAAAAAAAUUCUUUGGUAAAUUUUGUGCUGGAUCAAUAGAUCAUAUAAGCAUACGUCAAUUGCAAUGUAUUCUUUUAAAAGUUGCUUUGAUUUUGGGAGUUGAGUUUCACGAAGGCGUAAGUUUUGAUGCUUUAAUUCCACCGCCUGAAAAUCAAGAUGAAGGAAAAAUUGGUUGGAGAGCUAAAACUACACCCCAUGAUCAUCCAGUAUCUCAAUACGAAUUUGAUGUGCUCAUUGGUGCUGAUGGAAAAAGAAAUACACUAGAAGGUUUUAAAAGAAAAGAAUUUCGUGGUAAAUUAGCAAUUGCGAUAACCGCAAAUUUUAUCAAUAAACGAACUGAAGCAGAAGCACGUGUUGAGGAGAUAAGUGGCGUUGCUUUUAUUUUUAAUCAAAAAUUUUUUAAGGAAUUAUAUCAAGAAACAGGAAUUGAUCUUGAAAAUAUUGUUUAUUAUAAAGAUGAUACCCAUUAUUUUGUUAUGACUGCAAAAAAACACAGUCUUAUUGAUAAAGGAGUUAUUCUUCAAGACCAUGCAGAUACAGCAAAAUUAUUAGCUAAAGAAAAUGUUGAUAGAGACGCAUUAAUGCUUUAUGCUCGGGAAGCAGCUGAUUUUUCAACUCAAUAUCAAAUGAUGGAUAUGGAGUUUGCUGUCAAUCAUUACGGGCAACCAGACGUUGCAAUGUUUGAUUUUACCUCAAUGUACGCUGCUGAAAAUGCAAGUAGAGUUUUAGAAAGACAUGGACACAGAUUAUUAAUGACUUUAGUCGGCGAUAGUUUACUGGAACCUUUUUGGCCAACUGGUUCAGGUUGUGCGAGAGGUUUUUUAAGUUCCAUGGAUGCCGGUUGGGCCAUCAAAGGAUGGGGCGCAUCUCUAUCACCAUUAGAAGUACUUGCAGAGCGUGAAUCAAUUUAUAGAUUACUUGGGCAAACAACACCUGAAAAUCUUAACCGUGAUUAUGCUGCUUACACAUUAGAUCCACACACUAGAUAUCCCAAUCUCAACGUUAGAUCUGUAUCAGCUAUUCAAGUACGAGGACUUCUUGAUACUGAUGAUCCUGACAAUAUUAAACCACCAUCCGUCCAGUCUUCGGUUGAUGUACCAAAAAAACGAAGACGCAGAGAUACCCAAAUCCACCCUGAUACACUUUUGCACUGGUUGCAAAAACAAGUGGCUUUAUAUGACAACGUUAAAAUAACAGACAUGACGUCUUCAUUCAAAGAUGGUAUGGCAGUAUGCGCAAUUGUUCAUCGAUAUCGACCGGACUUAAUAGACUUUAAUUCUCUCAAGUCUGAUGAUGUGGAAAAAAAUAACCAAUUGGCCUAUGAUGUACUAGAAAAAGAGCUAGGUAUUUCACCGAUAAUGACAGGUGAAGAAAUGGCCCAGUGUGAUGUUCCUGAUAAACUUGCUAUGUUUUCCUAUCUUACUCAAAUAUAUGAGGUUUUCCGCGGUGAAAUACCUCAUAUAAAACACCCAAAACUCGAACCGGACAUAGAUGACAAUCCAUUGUUUAAUAAACAACCGGGACAAACACUUGGAACAAAAGUACAAAUCAAUCGUUUACCGAAACACGAAACACCAAUACGACCGAGACACUCACGUUUUUCACGUCACAACAAUGAAAAUAUUCAAACAAUUGUGGAUAAAAAAACUGAAGGAAGUCUUGGAAGAAGAUCUCGAAAACGACGAAGUAAUGAAAAAAUGGGAGCUACGGUCGAGGAGAGACAAAAGAGACUAGAGGACAUUGUGAACAAUCGGAACGAAAGAAUGAGAAGAAAACGAUUUUUAAGAAAAAUGGCAACCCAGCAGUUCUAUAAAAGCUUACAGAUGUUGCAAGCUAACGCGAAACGCGAUAAAGAAGAACCUUUUGAAGAUUACUCAAUAUUUUUAUACCGGCAAACAGCACCCGACUUCAAGGAUCGGGUCAAAGAAUUAGAGCAGAAAAUACUUUACCCAGAUAGGGAACCGAAAAUGCUUUUACAGCAUAAAGGUGGCAUGGAUGAUGAUUUUUCUGGAAGAAUUAAAGAUAUAGAAGAUAAGCUUCGAGGGACUACAUCCUCAGAGAAAAAGCCUCGAGAUCUUUUGCGAGCUAUUGGUAAAAUUGAAAAAACCGAUUGGAAUGUGAAAGAAAUUGAAAAAAAAAUUGAAGAGAAUAAACUUGGUAAAGGAGUACGGCAAGAUAAAGUAGAAAGAGUUCCAAAGUGGAGUCGGGAACAGUUUCUUGCUCGUCAAAUAAAAAUGGAAAAAAAAGGUCGUGAUCCAAAUGAACCCGAACGUAAAUAUGCUGAAAUCGAUAACACAUUAAAAUGUAUCGACCGAAAAAUUAAAGAAGGUAAUAUCUUGGGACACAAUAAAGUAUCUGCAAUGGCAGAGCAAUUUGCUAAUAAAAAUCAAGAUACCGAACAAAAAGUUCAAAGAUCGAAUUCUAAAGCCGCAAUUAUUCUGCCAACACAGGGAGGCUCGGAAAUGUGCCAUUUUUGUGAUAAAAGAGUAUAUCUAAUGGAAAGAUUGACUGCCGAGGGUAAAUUUUUUCAUCGGGGCUGUUUCCGAUGUGAAUACUGUUCAACUUCUUUACGCAUUGGAAAUCAUACUUUCGACAGGGAUAAAAAUGGUGGUCGUUUUUAUUGUACUCAACACUUUGGAUUACCAGGUACAAUAAAAACAAGAAUAGAAAGGAAAAAACUUCCGUUACUUAAUAAAGAAAAUAUACCGGAAACUUCUGAAAAGAAGAAACUAACAGUAGAAAAGGUACACACAUUAAAACCACCGUUGGAUGGAGUAGCUGGCUUAGAUCUUCUUGAUCGUGGUCAAACACCUGAGAGAAUAGAAUUUGAGAACUUGGCAGAAAUGUCUGAUGCCGAAGAGGCGCAUAGUCAAAUGGAUGAAGAUGAAUGGACAGAUAGAAAUUUUGGUGCUUCAGCAGCAGAAAUGGGAUCUAGUGAUGAUAUUUCAGAUAUGAGUGAUUCUGAUGAAGAAAACGAAAUCUACGAAGAAGCAAUUGAUCAGCCGCUGACAACAGAAGGUACAAUUGAACUCGCAAAAAACUGGACCCUGAGGUACUCUCACCCGCACACGGCAACCGGAAACUCCGACACCGGUAGCAACGAGUACGAAGAUUCUAGUGAUGAAUAUACAAGCGAAGACGAAGAAAGUGGCACAGCAACCGAAGACGAAGAAGACGUACGUGCCAGGGAGCUGAGGAAGCAGGAGGUGUGGCUGAAGGUACCACCGCGGGAGUCCGACACGGAGACUGGCUCAGAAACUGAGGUGAAAAAAUCAUCAAAGGACACUUUAUCUCCAUUAUCCGAAAAUCCGUCCGCGGCCAGUGACAAACUUUCCGUAGAAGCAAUAAUGGGUAAUGAGGUAGAUUUAGAUAAUAAAGAGCCCAGUGAAACAACUAUAGAAAAGGUCGCAUCAGAUGACGACUCUAGUGAAGAUCGUCGUGAAAAUUCAGCAACUGAAAUUUCGACGGAUUCAGAGUUCGAGCACGACGGCACAACUCCAACACAAAAUGAACUUCCAGAGAUAGCACUAAAUGAUUGUUUUGUACGUAAAACACGUGGUCAGUAUAUUGAACCAAAGAAAGUACAAGUAAAAAGUAAAAUAAUAUCUCCGGUUAAUGGUAAAAUAAAACCGGAUGAAAAACAUGAAACUGGUUCUACAUAUAAAACAAGUAUUAUUAAAACAAAUAAUUUUCCUGUACGGCCGGUUAAUGUUAAUGCAGUGCCUUUAGUAAAUCCACGUAAAGGUGAUUAUUUAUUGAAUCGUACUCAUUCAACAGAAGGAAUUGCUUCAAAAUUAUCACUGGAAUUGAAAAAAAGAUAUUUAUUAGGUGGUUCAGUAUUAGGUGGUACUGUUAUGAAGUCUGGAUCAACGUCAAAUGUCGAUACUAAAUUACGAAAUUUCACUGAUUCUAUUUCUCAACAUCAAAAAUUAUUAAAUCCUGCGCCUGAGCCUAGUCCUACUAUGCAGGCGUUUUUGCAAGGCACUAAUAAAUUAAGAUCCUCUUCUAAUAUUCCAUUAUCUCCUAUCGCGUCGACAGAAAUAUUAACCAGGUCUCCAUUGAAAACUAUCAAGUUACCAGAAAUAAAUACUGCUAAAGAACAGACGAACAUUUCUUUGCCAGAUUUAAUCAAAGAAACGAAUAUCAUGAAAUCAAAAACAGACCCAAAUAUUAUUUGCACUGGAUCUGCAAAAGAAGUAAAAGAAAUUGAUAUUAAUAAAAAAGAAGAUAUGGAAGAAAAAGAUGUAAAUGAAGUAAUAAUUAAAGAACAAGUUCAAGAAACUCGCAAUGAACAAGUAAACAAAAAUGAAAAAAUCGAAAGUAGCUGUGGUGUUAAUGAAGAUUCUCAUUCAAAAAAUUUUUCACACGAUGCACCUGCUGAUGCUCUUCAAGUGAACUGGAAUAAAGUAUCAACUGAAAAACAAGAAGAUGAUAAUAGCAGUGAUGAUUCUGAAAUGGAUAGCGAUUCUCUUUCAUCAAAUUCUAAGAGUGAUGCAAAUGUAGAAAAAAAUAAAGACGUCGAAAAUAAAGAACUUGAAAUGAAUUUAUCAUCUCGAUCACAAAUUCACACGCCAGAAAAUUUAUUAAUUGACAACAAAGAUAAUGAAUUUAAAGAAGAGGAUAUGGGAAUGACAUUCGAACCAGAUUCCAUAGAAUGUUUUUUAAAUGUCAGAGAUGAAAUGAAAGAAGAAAAAAUUCAAAAUCCAGAACCAUCAAGACCAAUAAAUUUGUGGUCACGUUCAUCAAAUGAUGAUAAUAAAAAUUCAGUAUACGAUAUAGAAACAGUUAAUAAUAAUUUUAAACAUAUAGAUUUAAAAGAAAAUCGUUCGAGUAUCAGUAAUUGCAGCAGUCCAACAUCAAUGGCCUCGAUUAUUUCAAAUAAACAAGAUGAUUCUGUAGAAAAUGAUGUAACAACUGCGGCAUUAACUGAAACAGAAUUUUCCGAAUGGGCGCGAGAUGGCGAAGAAUUAGUAGCAGCUGAUUUAAAAGAUGCUGAGUUUGAUAUCAGUUCAAGAGGUAAUUUGUCGAUAAAUAAAUUACGAGGUAAUGCGAGAAUCGCUAAAGAAGAAGAAGAUUUAACGGAUAUCGAUACAUCUGAGCGUAUUUUUAGUUAUCCAGAUCGAACAGAAAUACCAACAAACGAUACAUCAAAAUUGUUAGCUAACGGUGAAGACCUCGAUUAUAUGGAUACAGACAAUGAAUCUUUAUUAGAUAGUUUACGAGAUGCAACAAACAUACCGUUAAUUAAAAAUCGCGGGUAUGUUGAGUUCGUAAAUGUAACUGGAAUAUUGUCUACAAGUCCUAAAAAAUGUCGAUCGCCACUUGCUGACGCUCCGAUAGCUAAAGCAGAAGCUGAACCAGAACUAUGUUCUGAUGAUGAUAAAUAUGAUGACAAUGUCAUUAAAAUAAAUCUUGUAACUGUGGAUGAUGUGAGAAAUCGUUUAAGUAAUUGUACAAUUAAACCAGAACAAAGAGAUAGUAAUGAUAAAUCAAAAGAAGAAUCGUUGAUAGUUGAAGCUAUUAAUCGUGAAGUCGUACAGUCUAUGGACGAAGACAGUUUGUUGGUUGUUGAACCUGCGGAAGAUACAACGACCAGUGAACUUACAACAAUAUUAGCCAGUCCUGUAGGUCCUGGACCACAAAGUCAAAUCAUACAAUCAAAAGUUAGUAAUGAAAGUUGUAAAUUAGAAGAAAAUAAUCCUGAUUAUCUUGAAUAUGUCAAACGGUUACAAUCUAGAAUCGCGGAAUUUAGUAAUGCUAAGGAUUCAAUAGAUGUAAGAAAAUCUAAACGUAAAAAUUCUAAAAACGCAAUUCAAGAGCGUUCAGCUGAAAUUAUUUCUGAAGAAACAAAAAGCCAAGGAACUGCAUCUAAUCCAAGUUAUAAUUCACCUGCAACAUCAAGAAAACUUGAAGAAAUAACUCGAGAACGUUCUAAACAAAAAAAUCUUAUUCAAGAUUUAUUGAUGGAUAAAAUAGAAGCGCAUAAACAAAAAUCGGCUGAAAAAAAAGCUAAAAGAGCUGCUAGAAAUACGUCAUUUAAUUCAGGCAUGCAAUUAUUUUCUCCAAAACCACCUCUGGAUUCACCCGAACCAUCAUUAAAUCCGUCAUCAAUGACAACAUCUGCAACAAGCACUCCAACGCGUACAACUUUUGCUGAAGCAAAAAAAUCUCUUGAUACUCCAGGGGAAAAUGAAAAACAAUUUGAUACUAAAAAACCACAAGAAAGUUCUAAUAACGAUACUAUACAUAAAAAAUCACAAGGAAAUAUUUAUUCUGAUGAAAAUAAUUCGGACAAAAUAAAUAAAAUGAGUGAAAAAUUUAAAACUCCGAUUGCACCACCGAGAUCUAAACAUGAGGAAGCGCGAAGAACUGCUGAGAAAGCUAAACAAGAAGCGCGAGAAAGAGCGAGAUUAAAAAGUGAUGAGGAUUUAGGUUUAAGUCCUGAAGAUAAAAUAAAACAAUUACGAUUGAAAGUAACACGAAGGCAAUUGUCAAUGGAAGAUAGACGUAAAUGUGAAAAUGAAAUAAUUCCUAAUUUAAAAACCAGAGCUUACAGUUUUACUUUUCAAAAAUCUGAAUCUUUAUUACAACCAAGUAAAAGUACCGACAAUAUGAAAGCAUUAGCAAAAAAAAUGGCUAUUGAUCUUCCACCAGCGACUAGUGCCAAGUCAAUGAGUGAACUCGUUUACAAUAAAGAUUCUGAUGGUAAAAUUUCAUUGGAUACUGUUGUUAAACGUGAUAAGAAAAAAACUAAAGAUCCAGAAAGAAGAAAAAGUAUUAUUCAAGCUGUUUCUGAUUUUUUUAAGAAAAAAGAUACAACUUCGUCGCCAACAAGUCCAAAAGACAAGACUUCAGGGUUCUGUCGGCUAACUACUAGAUUGAAAGAAAGAGGAAAGAUUGACAAAUUAAAUCGUAAAUGGUUUUCGGAAGAGUGGGAUAUUGACAAAUUAGAUCGUAAGUUUGAUGAAAGGCCUAAAAGUGUUUGCGAAGCAAUGCUAAUGGAAAAUCUGCCGUUUGAAUCAUCUCCGCCUGUACCACCACCUCCACUUAAUUAUCCUGAGUGUACAGUACAUAUUUCAGCAGAUGAUAGUUUAUCUGAAGAAGAUUCAAAAAUGGCAUCACUGUCACAUUCACAAUUACAAAAAAAUGCAAACGUUGACGGAUCAUGUAAUAGUAUAUCACGUAAAUUAAAAAACACUAAAAAAUUAGUUCGUCAAGCUCAAUUAAAGCGAUUGAGAAUGGCGCAAGAAAUUCAACGAAAGCUCGAAGAAACAGAAGUUAAACAACGUGACUUAGAAAGCAGAGGAGUAAGUGUAGAAAAAGCACUUCGUGGCGAAGGAGAAUCUUCUGGACGUGAAGAAACUGAUUUAUUAGGCGAGUGGUUUGAUUUGAUGCGAGAACGUACUGACUUACGUCGGUAUGAAAAAGAACUUUUGGUUCGUGCUCAAGAAGUUCAAUUAGAAGAUCGUCACGAUAGAUUGCAACAAGAAUUACGUGAAAGAUUAGCUGACGAUGAUGAGAAAAAAACAUCCGCAGAUGUUAAAAAAGAAGGAGAAAUUUUAACCGAAAUGUUAGAAAUCGCAGCGAAACGGGACUCACUGAUAGCGAUACUUGAAGAGGAACGACAAAGGUAUAAAAACGAAGAUAAAGAUCUCGAGGCUCAAAUGCUAGCUAAAGGCUUAACUUUAACACCAAUUGAGAAGGAUGAUUCCAAAUAUUUAAUUUAGCAGAUUGAUUGUGAUGUUUUUAAAUACGAAUUUAUUGAGUAAUUAUAUUUUUAAAAAAUAUAUUAAGUAAUUUUAUUAAAUGCCGAAUCAUUGAUUAAAAAUAAAUUUGCGGUGAAAAAUCAAAUCGAUUUUUUUCUAUCAAAUGUAAGUUUAACAUUGGGAUAUUUUAUUCAAAUUCUCUAUACAAAUACGGGAAUCGAGAAUAAUAUUUUUCAAUAACUUAUGGUAGGAAAAA